AUGGACUUUGGAGACACCAACAUCUUCACCCUCAACACCCACACCAAAGAGGAAAACAGUAACAACAUUCUUUGGUAUUCAUCAUGGCAACAACAACCUACCAAUGUUGUUACUACUACUAAUUCUACCCACAUUAAUGCACCCCAUCCCACCACCACGCCCGAGGGUUACGACCGCCGACACCACCGCCAAGUGUACGGCGGCGAAAGGUGUCACGUGCAUGUGGACCCUCACCUCACGUGCUUGCAUCUUGGUAAGCGACAUUACUUUGAGGAUUCCACCAACGGUGAGGGUAAUACUCAUAAUAAUAACGUUGUUACUCUGGGGAACCCACACGUGUGCGGUGGUGAUGGUGUUACUAUUUCGGGGAACCGACACGUGGGUGAUGGUGUUAUUACUCUGGGGAACAGACAGGUGUACGGUGGUGGUGGUUCGGGUUAUCUUUUGGAGGGUAAUGAUAAGAGAGCGAGGGGGUAUUAUGGAGGACCUGCGGUGGUGGGUGGCGGUGACGGCAGCGGGAAAACGGCGGCGUUUGGGUUAGUUCCGAGGUGUCAGGUGGAGGGGUGCCACGUGGCACUGGUGAAUGCAAAAGAGUACCACAGGAGGCACAGAGUUUGUGAUAUGCAUUCGAAGGCCCCAAAAGUUGUGGUGUUGGGGGUGGAGCAGAGAUUCUGUCAGCAGUGUAGCAGGUUUCAUGUGGUGUCAGAGUUUGAUGAGUCAAAGAGAAGUUGUAGGAGAAGAUUAGCUGGGCAUAAUGAGAGAAGAAGAAAGAGCUCUAACCUUUAUGUUACUAGGAGUUCCAGACAAGGGUGUGCUCUCUCUCUUCUGUCAUUUGGGAGCAGUGAUAAUUGGUCAUCUCAUGCUGAUCUCUCCACAAGAUGCAGCGCAGCAUUGCGUGAACUGAUAGCAGAAAACCGUGCUGCCCUAAUGACUAGACAACAACAACACUACCAACAACAACAACACCAACUUGUUUAUGAUAGAGAUCACUGCCAUGUUAUGCCCCACCAAGAUGAUGCAGUGGAUGAAGAACAAGACUUUGAAGAGAUGCAACCUGAGUCCAAUUAUUUUGCACAACACAUGUUUCCCCAGACACAAUAA